CGUGUCUCGUGAAUCCGGCAACGCCGCUUCCUGAGUCAUUCCAUUCGUCGGAAUUUGUCAAAAUCGUUGAAGUGUUCAUUCCCCUCGUCCACUCAUCACACAAAUAUCAAUAAACCAGCACGUCAGCGUUCACGAUGGUGUAGGUUAGUUCGGCGAGCACCGAAAGAGCCAUCGCCGAAGAGCUGGUUAUGUGAAGGCCCGAAAUGGCCGACCUGGUGCGCGCAGGGGGCCACGGGCCCGCCAAAGACAAGCUGGGCUCGCCCAGCACCGGAAGCGAGGACGGCAACGAGCAGGACGCCCAGGGGGCGGCCAAGGCGGAGCCCGACGAGGUGGACCUGGGGGACUCGGCGCCCUUCGCGCCCUCGGAGACGCUGUGGUACCACGGCCGCCUGGACCGCUACCAGGCGGAGGAGCGCCUCUGGCUGUCCAACAAACUGGGGAGUUACUUGGUGCGGGAGAGCGACCGCAAGCCGGGCUCCUACGUCCUGAGCUUCCUGGGCCGGACGGGGAUGAACCAUUUCAGGAUCACGGCGGUGUGCGGCGACUUCUACAUCGGGGGCAGGCAGUUCGUGAGUCUGAACGACCUGGUGGGGUACUACACGGAGAAGAGCGACCUGCUGAAGAGGGAGCGGCUGGUGCACCCGGUGCCGCCGCCGGAGCCCGUCAACGACAAGAAGCGGGUCGUGGCCAUCCUCCCCUACACCAAAAUGCCCGACACCGACGAGCUAACAUUCAAAAAAGGCGACAUCUUCUUCGUCCACAACGACAUGGGCAACGGUUGGCUCUGGGUCACCGCCCAUCGAACGGGCGAGCAGGGGAUGAUCUUCCGGGAGCUGGUGGAGGACCUGGACGACAGCAUCGACCCCAAUACCGUUUUCCCGUGGUUCCAUCCCAACUGUACAAAAAACGAAGCCGUGGAUUUGCUCGUCAAAGCCGGACCUGGAAGCUUCCUGGUGCGUCCCAGCGACAACUCUCCAGGUGACUACUCCCUAUUUUUCCACAUCAACAACCAAAUCCAGCGGUUCCGAAUCGAGAAAAAGGGGGUGCGCUACCUGAUGGGUGGACGCAUCUUUGAGUGUCUGGAUGCCGUCAUCAACAGGUACAGGAAGGAGCAAAUCGUGGAAGGGUACACGCUACAACAUCCCUUGGUGGUGGAUGGCAGCAAGCAGCUCGACUGGGUGCCCGACAACCCCAAGGUGAAGUCCGAGGCCGAGAAAAUCUACGCGACCUUGCGCGAAUGCCGGGACCAAGCCGGCUUGAAAAAAAUGCGCGGCAUCAAACACCAAGGCUUCCUCCACCGGAAGUCCGACAAGGCCGCCAAAAAGUGGAAGCUUUUGUACUUCGCUCUGGUCGUGGACGGUACCGACACGCAUUUGUACCUUUAUGAAAAUCCCAAGCGCACGAAGCCUAAAGGUCUGAUCGACUUGUCGUGCGCCUAUCUCUACCAGGUCCACGAUAGUCUGUGGGAGCGCCCCCAUUGUUUGCAAAUCGUCGAACGCGCUCUGCCGUGUUUGGCGACGGUCACGCACCUGGCGGCGCCAUCUAUCGAGGAGUGCCAAGGUUGGGUGAACGCCUUGAAGCCGCUGUGUGUCCCUCAGCUGAGCAGGGCGACGUGUAAAGUCCCCAGGUUGAGGGAGUUGAGGUGUUUGACGCUGCACGUGCUCGACGCACACAGGCUGCCAUUUAAACUAGUGCCACAACCGUACGUUACCACACAGUUCAAUAAUCAAGUGAGGAUCGCCCGGACGAGGGCUAAGUCCGGGCCUGACCCCGUUUGGGACGAGGAGUUUGUCUUUGACGAUGUGCCAUGUGAUGUAGUUUCGUUUACUUUAACUGUACAUAAUAAGGGAAAACGUGGGAAGGACACCGAAGUCGCGGAGCUCACCGUCGACUUGUCCACUCUGGGCAACGGGGAGGAGAAAGAAGAGUGGUAUACCUUAUCGGGAUUAACUCCCAUGGGAGAGUGGGGUUCGCUUAGACUAAGAACGCGGUAUCUGCACGACCUGGUGAUGCCCGCCGAAGAGUACAGCCCCCUGCAGCAGCUCCUCCUGCAGCCCGGCCUCGCUUCCGUCAAGACCCUCGCGGAGAUCUGCCACGCCGACCGAGCCCCUCUAGCCACCGCCCUCUUGCGCGUCUUCCGCGCCGAGGGCCGCGAGACCGAGCUCCUCAUCGAGCUCAACUCCGCCGAGAUCGAGCGCGAAACGGAAACCUCCACCCUCUUCCGCGCCGCCUCUUUGUCCACCACGCUGAUGGACCUCUACAUGCGCGCGGAAUGCCGGGGUUUCCUCCACGCCGCCGUCCUGGAAACCGUUCUGCGGUUGCUGGACAGCAAACAAAGCGCCGAAUUAAACCCGGCCAAGAUGGACUCGCUGGACGACGCCUGCAACAACGCCGAGUUCCUGCUCCAGGUGCUGGAUCAAGUGGCCUUGAGCAUCUUCAUGUCUGCGGACGCGUGCCCCAAGUCGGUGCGCUACAUCUGCGGGUGUUUGCAGAAGUCGGUCAGCGGGAAAUGGCCAGACGAGCGCCUCGUGAGAGCCCGGGUGGUCUCGGGGUUCAUUUUUCUGAGGUUGUUGUGUCCUGCGUUGCUCAAUCCGAGACAGUUCGGGCUGGUGAGCGAGCAGCCGUCGCCGUCGGCGACGAGGAGUCUGGUCAUGGUGGCGAAGUGUCUGCAGAAUUUAGCCAACCUGGUGGAAUUCGGAGGAAAGGAGCCGUACAUGGAGGUGGUGAACCCGUUCAUUUUGAAGAAUAAAGAGAGGAUGGUGGUGUUUUUGGACCACUUGUCCAACGUGCCGGACCCCGGGGAGCCCCGCAUCACAAGCAAACCUGAUACUGCCAAAGAAUUAGCGACUCUACAUCAUAUCUGCGUAGCGCAUCUGACCGAGUUGCAAGCGGUCGCCAAAGUGAAUACCAACAUUAAAACUUUAGUCACAGUCACGGAGAUGUUGGCCACACAUAAACAAAAGUAUCUCGAGAUGAUAAGAUAGUAGUGAGGUUAGAAUUGCAUUUAUUUCUCUGUAUUGUAGGGUUUUGAGUUUGAAGGGGUUAUCCAAAAUUAGCAUUUAUUUUGUACUUAUUCGUGAUCCGUUGUUAGGUUUUUUCUCGGGGAUGAUUCCGUGUGAUGGCAUUUAUUUGUUGAAUUUUGGUAGAUUACGCCUUGUCCUGUGUAAAAAAGAACACCACAUUUUUUUAGUAGGACGGUGUGUACACAUAGGUCGAUUAGUAUGUGAUGUGCUCUUUAGAAAUCAAAAUCUAGACUGUAUUAUUUUUUAUUACAAGACUGUCAUUAAAAAGAAAGUAAAUUCUAAGUCAGUAGAUCGCCUAACUUAGUAGAACAGUUAUUAACCUAUUUCUGUGUCAAAUUUUUAUCCAGCAGUUUGUAUUUAUUUAUCCACUUGUAGUACACGCGUAGCCUCAUUGAAUCCUAAAUGGGGCUAACUGUGUAUCGUACUAUUUACAUCAUUCUAAGUUGACUGAGACGAGAGUAUGUAUUUUACGCUUUUGUCCAGAGUUAAAUUCUGCGCUCUCUAUUUUAUAAACGAACCAUGACCGAAGCACAGAAUUUAAUCAACACACUUUAGGAUAAGUGUUAAAUCGAAAAUUAUACUGUUUUAGCCAAAAUUAAGCCAAAAUUGCCCUUAGCAACAAGCAAUUCUUUACACGAUAGAUUCAUAAGUCUAAAAUAUCUCAGGUGAUAAGUGUGACUCUAUAAUUUUCAAUUUAACAUCACUGAAUGUAGACCACUGUAUACUAUCUCUUUCAUUGAUAUUUAUAUGUACUUUUAUAUUAAAAUUUUAUCCAUUCACUUGA